CCAUAUUUUAUUAUGAGAGCGCCAUUUUGAGAAAUUCUUCAGGUGACGCCGACGCGACGCUUCGCUACUAUUGUGAAUUUCGAAAAUUACAAGGCGCAUUAAUAAUCGGUUUCAAAUAAAAUGGGCAAGAAAGAUAAAAAAGGCGAUACCACCGACGGAUCCAGUGAGGAGGAGUAUGUUGUCGAGAAAGUUCUCGACAAACGUACAGUUAAAGGAAAGGUGCAAUAUCUAUUAAAAUGGAAAGGUUACAAGGAAGAAGAGAGUACCUGGGAGCCUGUGGAGAAUCUAGACUGUGAAGAGCUCAUCAAGACCUUUGAAGACAAUAGGAAGGAGAAAGAGGCUAAGAGCAAGAAGCCGGAAGACCGCGGCAAGAAGCGCGUCCGCGAGUCAAGUGAGGAGACGAACUCUGGCCGCAAGGGGCGCGGCACCAGCGUCUCUUCUGCUGAUGAUCAUAAGGAAUCUAAAAGGGAACGCAAGGAGGACAAGGCUAAGUCUGGCUUUGAUAAGGGACUGAAAGCUGAGAAAAUUAUUGGUGCAUCAGAUGCGACUGGUGAGCUGAUGUUCCUUAUCAAAUGGGCCGAUUCCGAUGAGGCUGAGCUGGUGCCUGCUAAAGUUGCUAAUGUCAAAUGCCCACAGCAGGUGAUAGCAUUCUACGAGGAGAGGCUAACAUGGCACACGCCGGCGGAGUCGGAAUGAUACAGGAGCGCGUGUGGCAUGCCCAGCAUCCGCUACGGCGGGGACUACUUCUAUGUCCGCGCUAUGGAGAUCUACGAGCGACAACGCCACAUUUAAACCCGUCACAGACAGUGUUGCUAGGACAGGACCUUCUAAAUAGUGUUGCCAUACUUCGCAAUUUCUAAUUUGGUAGCUUUGUCGAUGAGAUGUGAUUUUUACGUGGGAUCUUCUCGGGCCGAGAACGUAUUUGGUGUAUUCCUCUAUGAAUGUCUAGUUACUAAGUGCAGUCAUUACAUGGUUCCACUGAACAGUGGUCGCCAUUGUAGCUUCAUCUUAUCAUGUAUCUUUUCAUCAAUCGCCGUCAUAAUUUUCCAUAUGAUAAUAUGUCAAAUGUAUAUUAUUUUCAAGAGACAAUCUUGUCCAUAAUUUGCAUAUUAAGGUAAAUGCUUUGACUUGCAGGAAAAAACAAAAUGAUGUUUGAUGUUCUACCUAAGUCAAAAGCGUGAUCUUGAAGGUCUACAAGUUAAAGCAUUCACUUUGAUUUGGUUUUAUCUAGUAACGCAUCAAAUACUCUAUGGCCGUAUACAGAAAGAAAGCUGGAAGAAGCUGGAGCUUAUAAGCGCUUAUCGGCGCUUGACAGCGCUGGUAACCCGCGCAGGAAAAUAUAUGAACACGCGCCGAUAAGCGCUGACCGGCGCCGACAAAAGCUGGAAACUUAUAACCGCUUAUCGGCGCGUGUUCAUACAUUUUCCAUAUUGUGGCAGAAUAGAGGGUAGAUCUUUCAUAUAAAUACUGUGCAGUGUCCAUAAAACAGAGAAAAUUUCUGUUAUUAGGCUUAGUAAUGUUUUGGAAUUACAAAGCUUGACACGCCAGGAAAAAGAUCUUUUUUUUUUAUAUUUGUCUAGGUUUUAUCUUUAGGACUUUGUUAUUGAAUAUUAAUUUUUAUGUGAUAUAACUUUUCCACGGGCAAAUGAACUAUACCUAUUAGGAUAGAAAACUAAUGGCAGUAAGCAUGUUAUUGAGAGUAUCAGAAAAUGUUAGAAAUAUAGUCUAAAGCAGUCUUAAUUUGUGAGCACUUGUGGAAAUCAAUAAAUCACAAAAUGACGUUGAUUUCUCGGUGCGAUUACUACUUAUCACAAUCAGCCUGGUUAAUUCAAGCUGAGUAUUAUAAUUACUGUUUUAUAUAUGAACUUUAAGUGAAGAUUGUUUCAAAUGAUUGAUAGCAUUUCGCUUGAAAUAAUCCUCGGAUGGGAGGCAGGUGUGAUAAUACGGAGUAUUGAUUAGUCACCGAUGAGGCAAUGUGAUUUUGUUACAUAAUUUGUAUGUACUUGAAUGAAAAUUCUCAACUGUAUCUUGUCGGUUUAAAAGUGUAUGACAACGCUUUCACAGUAGCAGUUUAGCCGCGCGGUUUGUGCGGUCGAAAAUUAUACAAUUAUCGGUUCAAAACAUGACGCCUGGAACCGCCACAGAUUUUCGGAAUGUAUCGCACGUAGCAGAGCCGAAACUAUAUGCGCGUCAAAACUGCUAGUGUGAAAGCGCUCUAAUGCACACACGUUGCGAUAUUGUAGCGUCACUUGGACUUAAUCUUUAUAUAUAUAACUAUUAUUGAAUAUAAAUAAAUAGAGUUAAAGUA